AUGUAUUUCGUAGCCUUCGAAGAUAACGAAUUGCAAAUUCAAGCAGGCACGGUUGAUGCUCUCAUCGUCUACGCCACUUCAUUGGGUCGUUCUCAGCGAUCUUUUUUGUUUACACUGGAUGUUUUUUUGGUGACGUACCGUACCUUCAUUACUUCUGAGGAGCUGAUUUCACGUCUCAUCCAACGCUACCUCCUAUUUCAAUCCAACAUAAAACUGAUCGCAUCUGUGGAUGAAAAGACACGCGAGAAAAUUUGCAAUGUUGUCAUCUCCUACCUCAUUCGUGUCGAGGCUGUCACCGCUUAUGAACUUUAG